UUUCUUUGAACCUAUCCACGCGACUUUACCGAAAGACCCAAAGAAUAUUAAUUAUUGCAGUGACGAAAGCUUUAAGUCAACAUUUGCCUCGUUAAGUUACAGCAAUUGACAGUGUGUCAGCAUGUCAUACUUAAAAGAGAUGCACUGCUGCUCAUGUUAAAACUAGCAGUCUUGAGGCGUUCGUGGAAAUUCCACGAGAACCAGUCGUAAAUCAUAUAAACCAGCGUUGAGCUAAUUUUUUACUGGUAGGAACGAAGUUGUAAACUGAGUGUACCAGCCUGCAAUAGAUUGUGUCCGUCCGUCCCCUUUCAAUACUUAACGAAGUGAAAUCUCGUGCUGUUGGGUGGAAAAUCAGCAAUAGACAGCGCAGAGACUUGAUAUGUCUUAUUGCACCCAACAUUUGGAAGUCACAUUAUCUCAUUUGCGAACUUCGCUUUUGGGGAUGUGGCAAAUUCACACACAGCCCACAGCCGAAUACCAUUUGCGAGGCGAAGUUCGAAGGCACCGUGACGUUACUUUGCCAAUGUUCCUACCAGCCCACCCUGCAGGGACCUGUUAUUGACAUUCUCUAAUGCAACGGUUACUGCACUUAGCUGGGAACACAGCGAACUUUUUGUUGGGACUGGUUUGGAUUUGUAUUAAAAAAAAACACAAUUUAUUGUUUGUCCUGUUUGCAAUACAUUUUGGCAGAUUUCGUGUGAAUAAUGUUUGUUUACUGGACAUCUGUGAAAAAAAAGAGCUAUAUAGCUCAUCAUAUUCCGAUUCUGUGUUUACGCUUAAAUCCUGACUUAAAACUUUACCGAAAGACCCAAAGAAUCCUGUAUGUUUACGCUUGUUUGCGCAUUCCCUGCUGCAAUGUGCUGUAUCCGCCACUGUGUCUGCUCGUCCUGUGAAAUCGCUGCUUAGCUCAAUGAGCCUUAUAUCAGGUGAAAUCAAAUCGUGAGUCUGACCUGAGUUUUAUACCCAAGCACCGUUAAACACGAGUGGCGAGUGACAUCUGAACAGGUCCGUCGCAAAUCCACAUUGACCAGCGUGGUGAAGUGGAGUGAUCACCAAUGACCAUCAAAGCGUGGGGAAGGGGUUCAUCCAACACUGGAUUGACUAAUGGCAACAUUAAUUUCACGUGUGUGUGUAUAUUGGAUUAAUUUAAAUGGUAUGCUUUCUGCUGGCCAAUCAAUGGACAGCCGCUGUUUAAAUCUCAACACUAGCGGUGAUAGCUAAUUCAUACCCUUUAUUUCUAGCCAGGAGCUUGAAUCUAUUCAUAUUCAAAUUAUAGAUGACUGGCAGUUUAAGCUGUGGUAUGGAAUUUAGAUCAAUGGAAAAUCAUUGGUUGUGUGUCAGUAAAACAUUGCUGGAACUGUGAAACACUUUUUACAACAGCACAAAGUUUAUUUCGUAUUUGUAAUUAAUAAUGUGGUGUGCCCCUUGUCAGUUUUGGUAAUGUUUGAGUUGCAGAGACGUGAGAAUGCUGAUUUGGAAAGUGUCUCAUUCUCUGAAACGCGGCAGAGAGAAAUCGGGUCUCACACCUAGCAAAGACAAAGUCGUGGUGCACUGUGUGGAUCAAAGUCAAAGUGGGCGUGCAAACAUCCGAGUGAGGCAACGGAUUCCCAUUCGUGUGGACUUGAAAUUCAUGGUUCCUCCUGAUGAUCGCGAAGAGCUCCCGUCGCAAGUUUUUAUCGCAGAUAUCAUGACGAAAGAGCUCGGCUCAUCAGGCAACACCUGCGAGGUGCCGGAGUGUGAUGGUGAGGACAGCAGCGAUGACAUGUUUGGGGAAUAUGACAGUAUUGCAGGAGACAUCUCAUUCAUGGAUGCACUUGAAAAACAGCACAACCAAGACAAUUGUUCACAGACAUUCAGUCUUACUCAGAAAGACCCAGAACCACAAAACUGUCUUCCCAAGAAACUUGUGCAACACUCUCCUUUGUCUAGUGGGAGUGCAUUGGGCUGCGACAAUAUUGGUCAAAUGAAAACACACGAUGUGGAACAAUUUAUGCCAAAUGACUGGAAAGAGAAGACUAUCAAGAGAACAGAAUUUAAUGACAGCGUGGGUUCUGUACACUUCGUACAAAAUGUACAGACUGAGCUGCACAACGGUUUUAACACAAAAAAUGUAGAAAACGACAUUAAGAGCUUGCCCAGAGGCAGUUCUCAAAAUACAAAACUUCCAAAGCUUGAUGAAACCAUUCACACAUUAACGUCUAAUUCUAAAGCUGAUGCAAAAACACGUUUUUGUAAUUCAGAGGAUGAAAUAAAAUUGGCUGAUAUCUUAAAGGAUGAUUUAGAAUGUACGAUUACUACCAGAAAACCAUUAAAACGCACGUGUACUUCUGCACAUUCGGAAGAGGAAGCAAAUGAAACCAAUGCUGCCUUUAGUGAAACGGCUAACCGUAUCGCUUGCGGAAGAGCUGACAGUUCUUCAAAAAAUGUGCUUGGACUGGAAAAUAUAAAAGUAGCCACGGAUGUAGCCAAUAAGGGCAUGAGCAUAAGAGAUCGCAUCAAAAAUACGCUCGUGGGAAACGCGAGGGCAGCCACUCCUGUGGUGUCGCGCACCAGGCACCUGCAGGAAUCUGCACUGUCGCACGAGAGGCAGAUAGCCAUGGAGACUUGUGCCAAUGACAGCCAGUUUGAGAUUGGUCCUUUCUAUGGUCUUCCCACAAAGGUGCACAGCCUUCUGCAACAACAGCGUGGCAUUAAAGAGCUGUACGCCUGGCAGCACGACUGCUUGUCCUUGAACUCCGUGAGACAAGGAAAGAAUCUUAUUUACUCUUUACCAACAAGUGGCGGCAAGACGCUUGUAGCAGAGAUCCUUAUGCUGAGGGAGCUACUGUGCAAGAGAAGAGACGCUCUGCUCAUUCUUCCCUACGUUGCCAUUGUCCAGGAAAAGGUGCGGAGCCUGUCCGUGUUUGGUGUGGAGCUUGAAAUAUUCAUAGAGGAAUACGCAGGAAGCAAGGGGCGCAUGCCACCGCGAAAAAAACGAAAGAAGAAUUCUCUCUAUAUCGCCACCAUUGAAAAAGCCCACAGUCUGGUCAACUCCCUUCUAGAGGAGGGGCGUAUGCAGGAGAUUGGGCUGAUCGUUGUGGAUGAGCUGCACAUGUUGGGUGAAGGUGGUAGCCGUGGGGCCACCCUGGAGCAGACGCUGGCCAAAGUUCAGUAUACAUCAAAAACAACUCAGAUCAUUGGCAUGAGUGCCACUCUGAGCAACAUAAAUGACUUGCAAAAAUUCCUGAAUGCGGAGCUGUACACAAACGAUUUUCGGCCGGUCGAGCUAAGAGAGUACAUAAAGCUUGGAGACUCUAUCUACGGGGUAAACAACAAGGCUUUGUGUCCAGAAGAACAAUUCGAUUUUAUCCGGCUGCUCAGCUACAAGUACUCAAGCGGAAUGCUGAAGAUGGACCCAGACCACAUCGUGGCUCUGGUGACGGAAGUCAUCCCUGCUCACUCCUGUCUUGUCUUCUGCCCCACGAAGAAGAACUGUGAGAAUGUGGCAGAGAUGAUCUGCAAGUACCUGGCAAAGACGUUCCUGCAGCACCGCGAGGAGGAGAAGCGCGCGCUGCUGGCCGAGCUGCAGGCCGACGGGGAGCUGUGUCCCGUGCUGCGGCGCACCGUACCCUACGGCCUGGCCUACCACCACAGCGGCCUCACGGGCGAGGAGCGCCGCCUCAUCGAGGAGGCCUACUCGGCCGGCACGCUCUGCCUGCUCACGUGCACCUCCACGCUGGCGGCUGGCGUCAAUCUACCGGCACGCAGGGUGAUCCUCCGGUCCCCUUACAUUGGCAAUUCCUUCCUAAGCCGAAGCCAGUACAAGCAGAUGGUUGGCCGUGCCGGGCGGGCAGGGAUAGACUCGUCCGGAGAGAGCAUCACCAUCGUCAACAGCAGGGAUAAGGCCAAGGCAGUGACACUUGUGGGUGGACCAUUUGAAGUUUGCCAGAGUAGCCUGACAUAUGAGGAUGGAAAAGGAGUUCAAAGCCUACUUCUGUCACUCAUUGGCUUGAAGAUCACAACGGACAUCGAUGCUAUCUAUCGGUUUUUGGAGACCACCCUGUUUGGGGUCCAGCAGCAGGAGGGCGGGAUGAAGGAACUCGGGGAGCUGGGCCGGCACUGCCUGCAGCAGCUGCUGCAGUUGGGCCUGGUAAGGCUCUGCAGCAGGUCCGAGGGGGCCGCUGCACCCUCUGAGCAAAUGCUGGAGAUCACCAAGCUUGGUCAAGCCACAUACAAGGGAUCCGUUGAUUUGGCUUUUUGUACCGUGCUGUACCGAGAUCUAAAAACGGGCGUUGAAGGCUUGGUGCUGAAUAACUACCUGCACCUCAUCUACCUGGCGACACCGUACGACAUGGUCUCUCAGUGCAGACCAGACUGGAAUACGUACAUGAGACAGUUUAAUCAGCUGGAUGUGACGGAACAGAAAGUGGCCACUUUCAUUGGCGUUCCGGAGGGCUUCAUAGCCAGGAAAAUGGCUGGACAAGGCACAAGACAGAAAACAGUGGACGAGCGAGUAGUGAACAGAUUUUACCUGGCUUUGGUCCUCUACGCUUUAUUUAAACAAACAUCAGUGUGGGAAGCUGCCUCCAAGUUUGGCCAAAAUCGUGGCUUCAUUCAAAACCUGGUGGGGUCUGCAGCAGCCUUUGCCUCCUGCAUCAUGCAUUUUUGCCAGGAACUAGACGAAUUCUGGGCAUACCAACUACUGUUUGCUGAUCUCACACAAAAACUCUCUUACUGUGUCAAGUCAGAAUUGAUUCCACUCAUGGAGGUGGCUGGUGUGAAGGAGGCCAGAGCCCGGCAACUGUAUAAAGCUGGCUUUAAGUCCCUGGCAAUGCUGGCCAAUGCUGACCCCAAGGAUCUGGUGCAACAGAUUGAGUUCCUGCCACACAGGCAGGCCAAGCAGAUUGUUUUCUCUGCCAAGCUCUUGCUGACAGAGAAGGCUGAGGCGUUGAGGGAAGAAGCUGAAGAACUGCUGGCCCUUCCUGAUUUUCCUCUUCUACUCUCGUGACAUUUUUUUUACUGUGGCAGUUUUUUUAAAUACUGAAUUUUAAGUGUAUAUAAUAAAUGAAAAUUUCCUGUAAAUUUGUGAAUAUUUUUCAAUCCUGGGUUUAGUGGGGAGAUGCUCAUCCAGCAGUGGAUUGCUAAAGGGCUGUUAAUGUAUACAUGCAUCUGUUUAUACUGUAUAUAUUUUUGCAUGAGAAAAUAGUGUAGUGAUUAGUUUACUGUGGUAUGAACCCGGCGACCAGGUUGAUUCCCGGCCAUGGCUAACAUCAGUGGUCAGUGGCAUCUGAACCAGUCCUGGAUCCCCCACCUUCACCGACCAGCGUGACUAAGUUUGGUCAAACAACCUCCGUGACCUUAAGGGGUGGGGAGGUGUUAAGCAUUGGAUUGGCAAAGGGUUGUAAUUUAUUACUUAUAUUAGAGGUUCUGCUUACUCUACGAUGCACUGUACAUUUACACAAAUGAGCAUGUUACAAACAGUACUCCAUUAAAAUACAAUAUAUACUGUUGCAGUAAAUUCUGAUCAAGCAGUUUAUAACUACAACUGGAUUGUUCUCAAAUGUUUCACAUGUCAUGUGUGACUAAUAAAACUUGCUACCAUCUGCAGCCUUUGACCAAGGCGCUGAACAAGGAAUUAGCUAUUUGUACAGAAGUGAUGCGUGAAAUAAACGAUGAUAAAAGUGACGAGUGAUUAA